CUUCAAAACUGUGUUUGAAGGCGAUGACAUUCAUGACACGCCGCCCUAAAGACGUACGCAACACUAUUACAUAUCCCUGAUGUGUAAUAUUUCCUGAUUUCCUUAAUGCUGUGACUCGCUGAAAGAAAUAUGAGUCACUGGUGAAGGAAGUGCAGCUGUGUGCGAGUUGUUUAGAUCUGUAAGUGCCACGAGACGCGCCCUGGACAGACGCAUGGAGUAAAGAACACUGAACUUUUCAACAGAGAAGAUGGAGAGAGAUGGAAGCUCCCGCAUGCCACCUCCACCGGACGUGCAUGUAUCUCCUGCAGAUGAGUGUGUCGGCUCUGACGAGACCCAACAACAGAGUUUGGGUCGAUCAGAUAGGGCUCAGGAUAAGAAUGACACCCAGAUCCAUGCUGCUCUUCCUGAUGGGACCUCUGCCACCCUCAGAGGGACACCCACUUCUUCCAGCACUAAACUAUGUGGCUACCUCAACAAGCAGGGUGGACCCCUCAAAGCCUGGAAGUCCCGCUGGUUUGUCUACGAGGAGAAGAGCUGUCAGCUGUUUUACUACCGUAUGGCACAGGAUAUCAAUCCUCUGGGUAAGGUGGAUCUGUCUCGUGCCACGUUCAGUUACCCGCUGCAGGGAGAGGAAGGAACCUUUCACAUACAGACACCAGAGCGCACUGUCAUUCUCAAGGCAGCUAACAGGGAUGCCCAGAUGUACUGGUUGCAGCAGCUGCAGUUGAAACGUACAUUACACAGGGAGCAGCAUGCUGAACAUAAGUCCAUAUCCAAACCAGACAACCACAAAUUGGAAAGCACCCCAUCAGCAAACAACUGCCGUGGUAAGAGCCUAUACAUCUUAGUAAUAAUGAAACUCGGCAUUGCUUACAUGGAAACUGAAAAACAUUUACUGCAUUAUGGAAAUUACACUGUUUAUGAAAUAUGA